AUGCGUGCGCAGGCUUCGUAUGCAUCUGUAGAGGCGCCUUGCCUGGACGACAUGGCAAGGUCGCGGACGUCAACGACGAUGCUACUCGAUCCCUCGGGCUCCACAGUGCCCGAGAUGCUGUUAUCACAACCGGCGGACGGCGGCCACCUGCGGGAAGAAGCUGGAGGAGCUAAUGGUGCCCCAACGGGUUGUACUAACGCGACGGUGGGACGGAUCCGGGCGACGUCAAACAAGCGAGAUGGACAUACGAAGGUGUACUACCAGGGUUUCUCGUACGCUCAGGCGAACAUUACGAGCGUCAAGAUCUCGUAUCGUUGUAGCUCGUAUCGACAGAAAUGCAAGGCGCGAUUUGUGUACAUGGCUGCCACGGCAUCGUUCGACUUCAGUGAACUCGUCCCCCACACCUGA